AUGCAGCUAAGUGUACUAGUAUUUUUUGUUUAUCUAAUAGUUCCAGCUAUAUUUGCUGAAGAUGUGAGCUAUCAAGCCUGUGUUGAUAAAUAUUCUAGAAAGGGGUACCAACCUUGGCAAGAAUGGUCUGAUCAUUAUACUUGUCAUAGGUAUAGGUGUGAGAUAAGGGACGGAAAAUAUUUCAUAGCUGCUGUUGGGUGUCGGAAACCUAAAAUUCCUGAAAAUGCGUUAGAAUGCCACGAAUAUAUUGAAGAUGAAAACGUUGAAUUUCCAACAUGCUGCGCUAGGCUAAGAUGUGUGGUAGAGCUCAAUGGUGAAAGGAUUGUCCAGACUAGAGGUCAGCCUGGCGAAUUGUUCCCUGAUAAGCCUUGGAAGGGACAACAAAAUGAGCCUAAUCCUGCCGUAGUCGGUAUGAGUGGCAUCCCACAGACCCCAGUUGGCGGAGAACCUCAAGGUCAACCAGCUCCUGGCAUCUUCAACAACCGUGGCGCAGGCAAGCAAGAUCAUUAUUAG